AUGAUCCCAGCUGAAGAACAAGAUCUAGUUUUGGAAGUCAACCCUCCUAAGGACUGGAUAGAUAGCAUGGAACUCUCGGACACUGCCAAGGAGAUCCUACAAGAUGCACACUUCCCUGCAGACCUGAAACAAGUCCUGUAUGUCCGACUCUCACGCCAACGAGACAUCAGCCUGCAAGAAUAUGAACAAAGUUUACUCUCAGACAACAGCUCAGGCUCCCCUUCCGACCUAAGCACACGCAUACCUACAAAAUCGCAGCUCGAAUGCAAUCCCAUUACCAUCUAUGCACCAGCAACGUCGCCGACCCAACAACGGCAAUUUUUCACAUCCCUCUACAACUCAACCAUCUUUAAUCAACAACAUCCCUAUCCCGAACGAUUGAUUCUCUCUGGGGAUUUCAACUUUAGCCACCAAUGCUCAGGGUACCAUCUCAACGCACUGUCAGCCUGGUUCACUAUGCUACACCAACACGUCAUCAACUGCAUCAACCAUGAUCCGCAAGAGACACUGCAGCCGACGUUUCGUCGAGUUGUCCAAAAUAUGUUAAAGACCAGGGAAGUAUUGUACGUUGCCAGUUCAUGGUCCGAUCAUGCAUUAUUGUCUGCAACCUUUAAUUUGGGUCCCUCUCCCACCGGCAAAGGCUAUUGGCGGGGCAAUCCUCUGAUUUUGGCUUCCAAGGACUUCCGACAUCAACUUGCAACUCAACUCACAGCUUUCUUCGCACGCAGCGACAGCACUUCAAUACCGCAACAGCAAUGGGAGGAACCGAAGCGUCUACUAAAGCGGCAGAUGCAAGAGUAUUGCUGGCAACGCAUCAAUAAAACAACAGCUUACCCCAAACAACUACAAUCGAAAUGCAACUGGUUUUUAUGGUCAAAUCCACCCAUCACUACACGCAUAUGGCUCUUAAAGAUAAUUGAACAACAAAUAUUAGCAGCACAACAUGAAGUUUGCGACACCCUCACUUUACGUGCAGGAGAGCACUGGCGGGAGCAAGUGGAAUCGAUGCAUUCAGCCGUAACAGCUUUCUAUGAACAGUUGUAUACCCCUGACGACGUUGACGACUCAGCUAUCCAACAACUGCAGCACAACAUACCAUCCUCAGCACACCUCAGAACCAACAGCAAAGAAAGCUUAAUCGAUCCCUUCAGCAUUGAAGAUCUCCAAGACAGAGCUAAACGAGCCCCACACCAAAGUAGCCCUAGAACCGACGGUUUACCAUAUGGCAUUAUUUAG